AUGUCUGUCGUCGAUCUUGUUCCCCCCUUUGCCCAGCUCAAUCUCCCCCCUGUUGAAGAGUACCAGAAGCGCAAAGUCGCGUUAAUUUCUGGUAUCACCGGCCAGGACGGGUCCUACUUAACAGAGCUGUUGCUGGAGAAGGGGUAUCAAGUGCAUGGCAUUAUCCGUCGCUCGUCGAGUUUCAACACCGGGCGGCUUCACCAUCUUUACGAGGAUCAGCAUGAGCGACCUACCCGAUUUAAGCUCCAUUACGGAGAUCUGAGCGACAGCACGAAUCUGGUGUACAUCAUCGCGCAGGUGCAGCCCACUGAGGUAUACAACCUGGGAGCCCAGUCUCACGUCAAGGUCUCGUUCGAGAUGGCGGAGUACACUGGCGAUGUGGACGGCCUAGGUACACUCCGUCUGCUCGACGCGAUUAGGACAUGUGGAUUGGAGAAACACGUCAAGUUCUAUCAGGCGUCGACGUCUGAGCUGUACGGCAAGGUCGUCGAAACUCCACAGAGCGAGACGACGCCAUUCUACCCCCGAUCGCCGUAUGGCUGCGCCAAGCUAUAUGCGUAUUGGAUUGUUGUCAACUAUCGUGAGGCAUACGGGAUGUUUGCGUGCAAUGGGAUUCUGUUCAACCAUGAGAGUCCUCGUCGGGGACGGACGUUUGUGACGCGGAAGAUUACGAGGGCCGCCGCGGAGAUUUCAUUGGGAAAACAGUCAUGUUUGUACCUUGGAAACAUCGACGCUCGGCGUGAUUGGGGCCAUGCUCGUGACUACGUGGAGGGCAUGUGGAUGAUGCUCCAACAACCCACUGCAGAAGACUUUGUGCUCGCUACUGGGGAAACCCACCCCGUUCGCGAGUUUGUGGAAAAGUCUUUCAAGGUCGUUGGGAUUACGCUAAAAUGGGAAGGUCACGGCGUUGAUGAACAAGGAAUUGACGUUAAGACUGGAAAGGCUGUUGUAAAAGUCGAUCCAAAAUACUUCAGACCUGCCGAAGUCGAUCUUCUUCUGGGCAACCCAGCUAAGGCUGAACGGAUCCUUGGAUGGAAACGACGCAUAGACUUUGAUACCCUUGUCAAGGAAAUGGUCGAGGCAGAUCUCAAGGCUGCUGCAAGUCUUGUCGAGGACCAAAAUUGA